UCCAAGUGACCUCAUAGAGGGCCCCCCUCUCAGGCGUGAAAUAGAUAUUUCCAUCUCAGCCAUUGUAAGGGUAGUUGCCUCUGGGGCUCCGUGGCGGCGGUGGGUGGGCUUGCUCACACGUAACAUCUCCCCGCAGCAGCCAUGAACGGGAGCGAAUGCUACAUCUGUGGACGCUCAGGCCACUGGGCCCGGGACUGCCCUAAAGCUGGAAAUCGAAUGCGAGGACAAAAAAGCCAAAGCCAAGAGCCUGAGUGUAGCUCCACCUCCCAGUUUGACAUCUGUUACCGCUGCGGUGAAACUGGCCAUCACGCCAAGGACUGUGACCUUCUCCAGGACAAAUGCUACAACUGCGGGAGAAAAGGUCACAUCUCCAAAGACUGCAUGCAGGCCAAACGAGAACAGUACUGUUACAUCUGCGGCAAGGCGGGCCAUCUAGCUCGCGAGUGUGAUCAGGAAGAGCAGAAAUGCUACUGUUGUGGGGAAUUGGGGCAUAUCCAGAAAGACUGCACCCAAAUCAAGUGUUACCGAUGUGGUGAAAAUGGUCACAUGGCGGCGCAUUGUAGCCAAGGGAAUGUGGUCACCUGCUUCCGCUGUGGCGCAUCUGGACAUCUGGCCCGAGAAUGUCCCCUUAAGGCAACUUUUUAGAUCCCUUCCCCGACCCUUCCCUCCUCCCCAUCUUUACUGCCCAGUUGUCGUUUCUCUACCAUGUUUCCACCAACUGAAACAUCCCUAGAUGGAGGUAAGCUACUCUCUGUGGACAGCAAGCUUUACUGUGUCAAAAGAUUCAGAAAGGGCUGAUGGGGGGAAAAAAAAUCUCAAAAAAAAAAUUUCAUUACUAACAUACUAUGCCUGGGCCAGAAGGCACCCAGAAACUGAACAGUUGGGCACUAGGCAAUUAUUGAGCUCCUCCGAUGUCUUUUAACAUGCGGGAUCAGAAGGGACUACUGAGCAAAUCAGGACACAUUUGCCACACAGCCCUUGAAUCUGCUACCAAACAAAAUCUGUCAGAUGAAGAUCAACUGCCAUGCAGAGAACUAACACCAAGUUAAAAGGACAAAAAGCAAAACUGUGAGCUUGGAGAGUGGGGAAGACAAUGUAAUGUUAGAUGUACAAGACAAGACUACCCUGAGGAGGUAACUUUUCCUCAGAGACUUACAAAACAAAUAAAGCUGAUUUUGGAAAUGUCUAUGACUUCGCCAACUUAAUUGUACUUAACUUUAUUAGAUUGAUAGCUUUGAAGUAUUUUACCUCUACAGCUUUUAAAUCAUAUUCAAAGAUAUCUCGGGCCCUUCAUAGUAUACAUAGUUCAACGAGAUGUAUAAUGUA